AUGGCAGACACCAAUGCCAUCGCGCCGGCCGUCGCGCCGCCCGCGCCGCUCGAGUGGCCCGAGAACAUGACCCAGCUCCAGGGCGUCACCAUCGCUGUGCUGCCCGUCGCCGCGCUCGUGCUGUGCUACGUCAUGCUGCGCCUCGUGUGGCGCGUGCCGACACCGCUUCCGCUGCGGACCACCGGCGCAUCAGUCCCUGGCUACGGCGCCACGGACGGCAGCGCGCCGCAGCCCAUCACGGCGAUCAAGACGUCGCUGGUCGAAGAGGGCGAAGUCGCGGGCGACUACAAGGCGCACUGGUACUCGACGUUUGACUUUGCGUUCCUCGUGGGCAUGGGCGUCUACGGCGUCGCGAUGCUCGUGCUCACGGUCGUGUACGAGCGCGCGUGGCUCACGGAGCCGCGGUUCUGGCUCAUGCAGCUGCCCAAGCUCGUGGUGAUGAUGGCCGUGUCGCUCGUGGGCGGCCUCAUCUGCCGCUGCUUCUGCGACGUCGACGACAAGGGCUACAUCAUGACGAACAAAUCGUCCACGUUCAAGGUCAACUACACGCGCAAACUGCAGCACUUUGCCGCCUACAUGCCCAUUCGCGAGCACUCGAAGCUGUUUAUGCUGCAGUUCAACUCGCUCGACCGGCCGGAAGACCGUCCGCACACGCUCAAGUGGAUCAUUGUCGGCAACAUUGCGCCCGGCAUGUUUAUCCUCAUGUUCUUCAAGUGGCUCUUUGCUGCCCACGGCGCGCUGACGUUCAUCCUCGUGUUCAUCACGGGCAUUGGCGACGGCCUGGCCGAGCCCGUGGGCAUCACGUGGGGCCGCCACAAGUACAAGACCCGCAGCUGCUUCUCCCCCAACAAGUACACGCGGAGCUGGGAAGGCAGCGCCUGCGUGUUUGUCUCGGGGCUCGUGUUCCCCGCGCUGCAGUACGCGGCGUUUGACAACUUUUGGCAGGUGCUGCUGUCGAUGCUGAUUCUCGCGCCGACGAUGGCGUACGCCGAGGCCACGGCCCCGCACACGAUGGACACGCCCGUGCUGAUGAUCGGGUGCGGCGCCAUUUUAUACGCGAUCGUCCAUCUCGUCUAG